GAUGGGUAAUACUGUACUAGCAAUUCCAAAUGAGAUCAUUCAAAGAUGGAACCGAGCCCCGAAGGUUAGGGAGUCCUAUGAUAAGUAAAUAACAAUCCCAAAUGAGAUUAUUCAUCGAGCCCCAAGGAUUAGAGGAGCGUCAAAAAAAAAAAAAAAAAAAAAAUAUUAAGACAGGAAUCGGAUUUGGAUUUGCUUUGUAAGUCUCGUAAGUCGUACCAGUCUCUUAAAUCCCCGGCGGGACGCUUCAAAAAAAGGUGAAACUGAAAAGACGCCCACCGCUGCACUCUCUCCCACUUUCACAAUGGCAGAUUUUACCGAAGAACUCGAACCCCUUUUCGAUUACAGCCGCGUGCAGCCUCUCAAUGUCAUCUCCCUCGACGACGACGACGACGACGAGGCGUCGGCUUCUCCUCCGAGCAAGAAGAGGAAGAAGGCUUCGAAUCCAGCAGUUGAAAAGGUUGAUGACAGUGUGAAGGUUACAGUUAUUGAGGAAGACGACGAGGACUGGUUGCUUCCUCCGCCCAAACUUACCAAGAAAUUGGGUGAUGAUUCCAUCUUAAAGGCGUUGAGGUUACAGAAGCAAGAGCUGGCAUCAGCUGAGUCGGCUGAAAAUGUGGUCCGAGCUGUGGAGGAGUCUGUGAGACGAGAACUUCUUAGUUCCCUCCAAUCUUCACCAGAUGCUACGGCAGCGCCACCUCCAAAGCCCCAAGUUGAAAGAAACAAAGUAGUUAUAUCUAUUCAAGACAAGGAUGGAGUCAAGCAAUUUCGCAUAUACAUGGAUGACAAGUUUGAGCGGCUAUUCAAAAUGUAUGCAGAUAAAGCUAAGAUUGACAUUCAGAGUUUGGUUUUUAGUUUUGAUGGAGAUAAAAUAGGUCCAGAUGCCACACCUGAAUCACUCCGGAUGGAGGAUGAUGACAUGAUCGAAGUGCAUGAUACUUCAAACAAAAAAGGUGUUUCUUCAACCAAGGCAACUCGAUGACUCUGUUUUCCGGGGGGAAGGAUAGCCGUGAAUGCUCCCAAAUGCUCCUUUUUGAUGGUUGAUGUAUUAGAGCAACAACUAUGCUUGUGCUUUCUCUCCAAUUGUAUAGUUGCAGUUCAAAUUCAGAAUUCUUUUCAGGAACAAGUACAAGCUAUAAAGACAUAGCUCGACUGCUCGAGGAAAAGAAAAACACUCCUUGUACAAGAUUUUGUCGGAUUAACAGACUAGUUCCUUGUGUGGUUCUACAGUUGAUUCUUGCC